AUGCCACCAACCACUCUGCUCGAUUUGUCGAACGACGAAUUUCACAUGAUCUUUCAACUACUAUCACAGCCCGAUCUUGUUGCGUUGUGUCUCACUUGCAAGACGCUUUGCCGUCUUCCCGAGCAGACUUUAUAUUCCCAAGUGAAGUUCAAUUGGUCGACAUCUAGCGUCCCCCCGAUCGUUCAACUUCUGCGGAGUUUAUUUUCAAGACCUCAACGAUCGACGUACGUGCGGUCUCUCGUGCUCGAUGGCACGCAAUUUGAAGGACAUAUAAAUCGUGGCCCAACCUACACUCCCAGUAUUCCAGUAACAAUAGAAGAUAUAGAACGACCAAUUUCCUGGAUCGAAAGCUUGAAAGUCACUUAUCGAAAUCAAUGGAUCCGGCAACUUGAAGUAGGAAACAUAGAUGCCUUUGUGACGGUGCUUAUCUGCCAAUUGUCGCAUCUGAGAAGCGUCAAGAUAGGUUCCGAUUUUGCCCUAGACAAUCUCAUUCUUAGCAUGGUCCUCAAAUCGGCGCUUUGCGAAGAUUCGAGUCAAAACAGCGGACUAUCCAUUUCUCAACAACUCCAAUCUGUAACCUUCACAUACCAAUUCGUGCAACAAUACGGUUCUUUGCCAAUUCACAAAAACACGAAGGAGGUCUUGCCAAUACUCUACUUGCCAGCCCUUCAAAACCUUUCCAUCUGCAUAGACAACCCCAUUAAAUUCGCGUGGCCUACGGUCUUGCCACCAAACCUUUCAACACUAGUAUCAUUGGACCUGCAAUUCCUACGCGAAAAACAUCUUCACAAAAUACUUUCACUCACUACGAGCUUGAAGAUGCUCAGAUGGUGUUGGUACUGGAAUAGGGACACGGCAACCAUAGGUCGACACCGGUAUUUCAGUAAGGACAUAGAUCUUGAUAAAGUUACAGAAGCAUUGCUCUAUAUCAAAGACACAGUCGAGGAUUUGACACUUACUACCCACAUAGACCAUCUUUUGGACGGGGAAGACCGUCCUUAUGUCACGGGGUCGCUGAGUGGACUCUCAAAAUUGCACCAUCUGAAGAGAUGGCUAGUCCCUCAAUAUAUGCUAAAUGGCGGAUAUCGACCACCGAUAGCAAAACCGCUGGUUCAGAUUCUCCCGAACAAGCUUGAAUUUCUGGGCAUUACGGAGGAUAUAUAUGAUCCUGAUAGUGACAGCGUGUCGCCAACAGACCUCCUUGAGCCACUGCGACAAUGGCUUUCGCGCAGGAAAGAUCAUGCGCCUAUGCUUCACAGCAUUUUCUUCAUCACGGAAGGGUUUGAUUGGCACCAGCCAAUACGGAACGAAUUUACGAGAAUUGGUGACCAAGCUGGGGUUUCUAUUACGUUCCCACUUAACCCGCCUCCUUGUUUUGCACGUUUUGGGUCACCUAAAGCAAUCAAUUCAAUGUGGUUCUAA